AUGCGACAGGGCCCAUCUCGCCUCUGCACGCUUGAAGUGAGCAUCCCGCCUCCCGAGAUCCUCUUUGGUUCUCAUGUAUUCAGAUACUCACUAGUCACCUCAAUUCGCUUCCUCGUCUGCUCACAUUCCGAGUCUUUCCGGCUCGACUCGGCGCAGACGUUCCUCGACACUGCAUUCCAGGACGUACUCUACGCCGUCGACGGCGACUCCGCCGGGCGCCAAUGGACGGCCAAGCAGAUGGUGUUGCGCAACGGAACGCUCCGACUGUUGAGCACCGUAACUUUUGAUCACUUUUCGCAAGACCGAAAAGAAUCAAGAGAGCCCGCCUCCUCGUUCGUAAUCGGCAGCGAUUCGUCUCGUCACUCGCUCGUCACGGUGAAUCGACAAUCCAGAAGUUAUACGACAGCUUGUCUCUUCGAUUUGCUCUUCCGCCCAGAAUCCGUAAAAGCUGACAGUGGCCAGCUGGAGAACCCAUUCGGCGGGGCGGCCGAGCUGAAUUCGGUGGCUUCCGACGGCCCGUUGGUGCUGAUCGGCGAGGAAAAGCGGGCUGGUCCCUUCGCCACGUCCACCUUCCUGUAUGCCGUCAACAGUAGCGUGCGGAAUGCGCGGAUGAGCUGCAUCGCCCAGCUGGAUUUUGCCGCCAAGAUUGGCGUCGUUCGGAUAUCGACCAUCAAAAAGUUGACAGAGGAGCCGCUGCCAAAAUUCUCGCCACAACGGAAAAAGGAGCACCACCCGAAGGUCAACGACGAUCUCGACGA